UCUUCCCUCUUCCUUCCACUUGAUAAAUACUUCUUCUUCCCUUUCUCACUCCCGCUUUUGACUCCUCUCUCUUUCUUUGGUUGAUAAACCCAGUAGUAAUUUCUCUCUCAAAAACCAGAGUUUUCUCUAAGCUCUCUCUCUCUCUAAUGGAAGUCCUGAGACCCUAAGGCACCUAAUACCUUGCAGCAUCCAAAAUGAAACCGUUCUGUCUCCCAAGCUCUCUCUUCUGUCUUGUUCUCAUCUCCUUCGCUUUCCUCACCUCCCUCCGAGCGUCUCCAGCUUCUUUCUCUUCCUCACCCGGUAAAGAUACCCAGCAGCUCAUCAACUUCAAAGCCGCUCUCCCUAACUCAAACCUUCUCUCCGACUGGCUCCCCAACCGAGACCCAUGUGCCUUCACCGGCAUUUCCUGUAAAGCCUUCCGGGUUUCCGCCAUUGACCUCAGCUCCACCUUUCUAAGUACCAACUUCAGCCUCGUCUCUGCCUUCCUCCUGUCCAUUGACCACCUUGAAACCCUUUCUCUACAUUCCACCAAUCUCUCCGGCACCAUUUCUUUCGCUCCCGGAUCCAAAUGUAACACUGUCUUAUCCACCGUAGAUCUCUCUCACAACAGCCUCUCCGGCUCUCUCUCCGACCUCUCCAACUUGGGUUCGUGCUCGGGUUUGAAAUCGCUCAAUGUCUCUAAUAAUCUCCUCGACUCUCCUUCCUCCACGAAAAAUGCACUGAAACUCGGUCUCGAGGUUCUUGAUCUCUCUUUCAACAGGCUCUCCGGGGAAACCGUUUUCCCAUGGCUGCUUUCAGCCGGUUGCAACGGUAUGCAACGCUUGGCCUUAGAGGGAAACAAGCUCACGGGCGACAUAGCGGCCGUCUCCACCUGCGCCACCCUGCAGUAUCUGGACCUCUCCUCCAACAAUUUCUCUGUGGAUAUUCCUUCUUUCGGCGAUUGCUUGGCUCUGGAGCACCUCGACUUAUCUGUCAACAAGUUCUCAGGGGACAUCGGCCACUCUCUCUCCUCGUGCAGUCAUCUUGCGUUCUUGAACCUCUCUAACAACCAUUUCUCGGGUCUCAUUCCGGCGCUCCCUGCAGAGAAGCUGAGUCUCCUUUCUCUCUCCGGUAACCAUUUCCAGGGUGUGAUUCCCUCGUGGCUUGCCGGCGCGUGUGCUUCCGGCGUCCUCGUGGAGCUCGACCUUUCGACCAACAACCUCUCCGGUACGGUCCCGGCCGGUUUGAGCGUUUGUUCUUCGUUGGAGUCAUUUGAUGUAAGUUCAAACAAGCUCUCCGGUAAAUUACCAAUUGAAGUAUUCGCAAGAAUGGGCAAUUUAAAGAAGUUGGACCUGUCUUUCAAUAGUUUCUUCGGUGCUUUGCCGGAUUCUUUGUCGAAGCUAGUGGGAUUAGAGACGUUAGAUCUUAGUUCCAAUAAUCUGUCUGGCUCUAUUCCCAGCACUCUCUGCGAAGCUCCUGAUAAUAGCUUGAAAGAGCUAUUCUUACAGAACAAUCAGUUUUCCGGUUGGAUUCCUGCGAGUUUGAGCAACUGUUCUCAGCUGGUAUCUCUGGAUUUGAGCUUCAAUUUUCUCUCGGGAACGAUCCCUUCGAGUUUCGGAACGUUGUCCAAACUCCGGGACAUGAUACUCUGGUUGAAUCAGCUACACGGGGAAAUCCCACAAGAGCUCAUGUACAUCCAAACGCUCGAGAAUCUGAUCCUGGACUUCAACGAAUUGACGGGGACGAUUCCUUCGGGGUUGAGCAACUGCACCAACCUGAAUUGGAUCUCCUUGUCAAACAAUCGUUUGAGUGGUGAGAUUCCAGGGUGGAUUGGGCAGUUGUCGAACCUUGCAAUACUCAAACUGAGUAACAAUUCAUUCCAUGGGAGGAUUCCGCCGGAGCUCGGGGACUGUAAGAGCUUGAUAUGGUUGGAUCUUAACACCAAUUACUUGAUUGGAUCUAUCCCGCCUGCUCUUUUCAGGCAAUCUGGCAAUAUUGCGGUAAAUUUCAUAAGUGGGAAGACUUAUGUGUAUAUCAAGAACGAUGGGAGUAAAGAAUGCCAUGGAGCUGGGAAUUUGCUUGAGUUUGCAGGUAUUAGCCAAACCCUGCUGAAUAGGAUUUCAACCAGGAACCCUUGCAAUUUCACUAGAGUAUAUGGAGGUAAGAUUCAGCCCACAUUUAACCACAAUGGGUCUAUGAUUUUUCUUGAUAUUUCGUAUAACAUGUUGUCCGGCAGUAUUCCAAAGGAAAUGGGGAGAAUGUUCUAUCUAUAUAUAUUGAAUUUGGGCCAUAACAAUAUAUCUGGAACAAUCCCAGAAGAGCUGGGGUACUUAAAGAAUCUCAACAUUCUCGAUCUUUCUAGGAAUAGACUUGAAGGGACAAUCCCACAGUCCAUUACUGGACUUUCUUUGCUUACGGAGAUGGAUGUGUCGAAUAACUAUCUCACUGGAGUGAUUCCCGAAAUGGGGCAGUUUGACACUUUUCCAGCGUAUAAGUUUCAGAAUAAUUCUGGGCUCUGUGGUUAUCCUCUUCCAAAAUGUGGGGGUGAUUCGGCGUUGGGUCCAAGUUCCGGGCACCAGAAGUCCCAUCAGAGGCAAGCAUCCCUUGCUGGGAGUGUGGCAAUGGGAUUGUUGUUUUCCCUCUUCUGUAUCUUUGGUUUGAUCAUAGUUGCCAUCGAAAUCAAGAAAAGGAGGAAAAAGAAGGAAAUGACACUCGAUGAUUAUAAUGAGAGUCGUUCCCACUCGGGCAUAGCCAAUAUCAAUUGGAAGUUAAUCAGUGCCCGUGAAGCAGUAAGCAUUCAACUUACAGCAUUUGAGAAACCCCUUAUGAAGUUCACUUUUGCGGAUCUUCUGGAAGCAACAAACAACUUUCACAAUGACAGCCUUAUUGGUUCUGGUGGUUUUGGCGACGUGUACAAAGCGCGAUUGAAAGGCGGGAGCAUUGUCGCCAUUAAGAAACUUAAAUAUAUUAGCGGACAGGGUGAUCGGGAAUUCACCGCUGAAAUGAAAACCAUUGGAAAAAUUAAGCACAGGAACCUUGUCCCUCUUCUGGGUUACUGCAAGGUAGGAGAAGAAAGGCUCUUGGUCUAUGAGUACAUGAGGUAUGGAAGCUUAGACGACGUUCUACAUGGCCAAAAGAAAGUUGGGAUAAAGCUGAACUGGGCUGCAAGGAGAAAGAUUGCCAUUGGGGCUGCAAGGGGAUUGGCUUUUCUGCAUCACAAUUGCAUACCACACAUCCUUCACAGGGAUAUGAAAUCGAGCAAUGUUCUGGUUGAUGAAAACUUGGAAGCCAGAGUCUCUGAUUUUGGAAUGGCCAGGCUUUUGAGUUCAAUGGAUACUCAUUUAAGCGUCAGCACUCUAGCAGGAACUCCUGGCUAUGUCCCUCCUGAAUACUAUCAGAGCUUCAGAUGUACUCCUAGUGGUGAUGUCUACAGUUAUGGAGUAGUCUUGCUUGAACUGCUAACUGGGAAACGAUCUACGGAUUCGCCUGAUUUUGGUGACAACAAUCUUGUGGGGUGGGUGAAACAGCAAGUCAAAGUAAGUGAUGUUUUUGAUCCGGUGCUCAUAAAAGAGGAUCCCGGGCUUGAGAUUGAGCUUUUACGACACUUAGAGGUUGCAUGUGCCUGCUUGAAUGAUCGGCCGAUGAAACGACCCACAAUGAUUCAAGUGAUGGCAAUGUUCAAGGAAAUCCAAGCAGGGUCUGGGAUGGACUCUCAAUCUACCAUUGCCACCGAAGAUGGAGCUUUCAGUUCAGCUGAAGUGGUAGAGAUGAGUAUAAAAGAAGCCUCUGAACUGAACAAGCAGUAGAUCAACAGUUUCAAGCUAUUUUCAAGAGCGUUCUUUGGAACCAAGAAAGAUGAAAGGUGGAGAUGAAUUUCUAAGGUCCCCCAGAUUUUCCCCCUCUUCUUUAGUACUUCCAGUGGCAUAAAAACUGCUGCUGCAUCUGCAUGUAUCUCUGUGAUUUAAUGUAUGUAAUCUUGUUAUUUAUACAUAGAAGGUUGUUUAACUUGUUAUAAAACCUGUAUAUAACAGUCUCAGUUGUUCUGUUUUGGUUCUUA